CUCCUGCUCAGUCUGAGCGGCGGUCCUCUGCCUGUGCGCCUUUUCCUCCAACAGGAAGCAGAGCUCCGCCUCGGAUGCUGCUGCUGUUUAUCUGAUUACAGCGAUACAAGAGCUGCGUCUCCUUAAAGCGACACUCCGGUUUAAUUAAUCAGACUACCGGAGAGGACAGAGGGGGAGAGAGACGCGAGGAUGCAGAUGAAGAGGGGGAGCAGCAUCCGCCGGCCGCCUGCAUCACCUCCCUGCAGGAUACCGCGCGUCGCCGCUGCAUUUCACCGCCUUGAGGUUAUGAAACCGGCUGUAAUCUGACCCUGCGUGCCGGCAGAAACCCCUCCACGACCCCUCUCCUCCCUCCUAUCUCGCAUCCUCAGAUACAUGGACCCUCAAUGCGUCACACUCGUUCCUCCUGCGUCUUUUCUUCCGCAGACGCGUCGCUACCUUCUUGCCUGAUAUUUUGGUUGUGAAAUCUGCUGCAGAAACGCGACACCCGGCUUUUCGCUCCAGCUCUACACAUGGACUGUGUAGCCUUCAUGACCUCUGAUAAAAGCGUCGAUAAAUCUGCGGUCUGCCCGUCCUUGUUCGCUUGUCCGGCCUUUUGCAUUUCUGCGCCUGUCUUUGCCGCUGACGCGUCGCCGCCGCCGCCGCCGCCGCCGCCGCCGCGUUGUCUGCCAUUCAGUUGAUGAAACCCACUGUAAGAUAACGCUACAUCCCUGCGACACCGCGUCUGCUUUUCCUUCCACAUGGACUCUGAAACUUGCGCGCAGAGCUCGUAGUCUCCGCGCCUCCGCCCUCGUUCUGCCGCUGAUGCGGUGCGCCUGGGUGCUCGCUGUCUCCUCGUCCUGGACCUGGCCGGUCAGUGAUCCUCUGGUCCGGGGGGGCCGCUGCCCGCAGAGAGGCAAGAUGGUGCGGAUCGCCAGCGCGCUGGGGCUCGUCAUGUUCAGCGUGGCGCUGCUCAUCCUGUCGCUCAUCAGCUACGUGUCCAUCAAGAAGGACUUCCUGCUCAGCACCCCCAGAUACGGACCUAAUGGAGGACCCAGGAUGUAUAUGUUCCACGCCGGCUUUCGCGAGAGGCCGCCUCGCAAACCCGACCUGAGCUCCCAGCUGGCAAUGAAGUAUCUGGAUCCAGCUUUCACUCCUCUGACAAACGCUCUCAGCGAGGACCUGCAGAACUCCUCUAAAUGGAGGUACAACAGCACUGCUUUUAUACAGCAGAGGAAUGAGAUUUCUCAGUACAUCGACAUUCCCCACAACUUCACGCUGACACGAAGCUCGGUGCGAAUUGGACAGCUGAUGCACUAUGACUAUUCGAGCCACAAGUAUGUCUUCUCCAUUGGCGAGAACUUCCGCUCACUCCUCCCCGAGGUCUCGCCAAUCCUCAACAAGCACUACAACGUCUGCGCAGUGGUCGGCAACAGCGGCAUCCUUACUGGCUCUCGCUGUGGUACCCAAAUUGAGAAGUUUGACUUUGUCUUCCGCUGCAACUUUGCGCCGACAGAAAUCUUUAAGAAGGAUGUUGGGCGGCGGACCAACAUGACGACCUUUAACCCGAGUAUCCUUGAGAAAUACUACAACAAUCUACUGACUGUGCAGGACAGGAACAACUUCUUCCUAAGCUUGAAGAAGCUGGAUGGUGCCAUCCUGUGGAUCCCGGCGUUUUUCUUCCACACGUCGGCCACAGUAACCAGGACACUGGUUGACUUCUUUGUGGAACAUCGAGGUCAGCUGAAGGUCCAGCUGGCCUGGCCUGGAAACAUCAUGCAGUACAUCAACAACUACUGGAAAACCAAGCAGCUGUCGCCGAAGCGCCUCAGCACCGGGAUCCUGAUGUACACGCUGGCAUCCUCCAUGUGUGACCAGAUCCACCUGUACGGCUUCUGGCCCUUUGGCUGGGACCCAAACACGGGUAAGGAGCUGCCAUACCACUACUAUGACAAGAAGGGCACCAAAUUCACCACCAAAUGGCAGGAGUCUCAUCAGCUCCCAGCCGAGUUCAAGCUCCUCUACAAGAUGCAUACGGAGGGACUGUUGAAGCUCUCCCUUUCCCACUGCGCUUAGGGCUAGUACUGCAGCAAGUACAGCGCUUCUUCAAACUCCUCUCCAACGCUUCCACAGGCCAGAGUUAUAGAAACUACCAAACAGACAAGCAAAAGAUUUAUGUGGUUUUGUCAAAAGCAAAAUCUUGGCUAUAAGGCUGGCUUGGCACAAGGGGUUCUUAAACUGUUUUUAGCCCAAGAUCCUUGAGCAAAAGCCCAUAAUCCUGUGCUCAAAGUGAACAGCAGCUUGAGAAACAAGGAGUCUAUUAAUUUUCUACUGCUCAAGAAACUUAAGGUGAUGAGGACUGCAGUUUGUUUGUUGAAAAAGGAGACUGCAGCUGGACUUUUAAGCAGUGUUGCUCCUCAGCAGAAUAUCACAAGCUUGUAUUGCUCAAUGGUGUUUAUAUCAAAUCAACAGAUUGCUUGUGUAACAUCAAGACAGUGUUCAGGCCGACAUUCAGACUGUGUGAAAAAACGCAGACCCCUCGUUCACUUCAAUGAGAGCACUGUUUUUGCACAGCAAUGUCCUGACACGGAGGACUCCAGCAAAAAAGACACAGGUCAUCUGGCAAACCUGGCUCCACUUUUGAGGCAAUGUAAUGCAACAUCAUCUGGCAAGGUGCUAUGUAGAUAUGUGCAAGAGCUCAUUCCUGGUAGAUUACUCUGUACUAUGAACAGGGUAAUUCUACUGUGUACCACGCAAUUGUGGAGACAGAGGAUAAAACGACUGUCACCAUGGUAACGUUCCAGAGUGAUAAAUCCUGUCUCAUAUUAUUAUGAACAGCUGUGCAGUAUUUUGGUGUUUGAUAGACCUUUAAACUCAUUGGUCUUUUAUCCAAACUGGACUUAUUUCCUAAAGAAAUAUACCAAUAACAUCACGGUCCCUUGUGUUUUUUUAAUGCAGUGCUGUUUUCGGUCUGAACGUCUUGUAAGACAGUAAUGUGGUUGCUCGCAGUUUGACUCAUACUUACCCUAAACUUUUCUUAUGCCAGGGUCAGACUACACAGUGAUUUUUGCCUUGUUAGAUGGUCUUUGUGUCAUCACAGAGUCAUAAAUUCUUCCGUGACACAACAUGUAUGACGUUCAAGGGUGGUCAGGAAGGAGGUCCCAGACUGAUUUCACUGUUCCACUGAAUGGUUCCAACAACAUCAUUGCUCUUACCAUUCUUCUUGUUUACAGUUGUGCACAGAAGAGUGAUCUGUGCUCCUGUUGGUUAAUGUCACAGUACAUAUCAUAGAAAUUGUCAAACUAGGCCAGUUGCCCCCUACGCUAACUUUUUGUUCCCAAGGUCCCAUGUCUGUUGGGUAGGGCCAUUAUCAGGCUGAUUUUGUGUAGUCUGAUCCUAGCAUUAGUCAUACUGAUCUGUAGUCUGAAAACAAAGAGCAAUGAUGUUAGCUUCUUUCAAAUCAAGAAAAACCUUGUCACUGACUUUAAUUUCAGAACAGGACUCACCAAAAAAAUAGUUAACAUAUGUCAAAUGGGUGUGUCAUCAUCAUGUGUCAGUACCAGAAACAGUUUUGCUGCACUUUUUGGUUUACAAAUGAUUGUUUUAUAGGAGAAUACUAUAGGGCUUGUGCUUGCUCCAUUUGGCAGUGGUACACUUUAAAUUAAAUACAUCUUAAAUUUACGCAUUUGGCUCUUAUACAACUUAAAAUGAGUGCAAAAUUAAAAUAAACUAACCAUAGAUGAGUCAUACGCAUGGUAAUUUAGUCAAAUGAUUAUAGAAAAUUUCAAUUUGUUACCCAGAUUUCAGUGCAUUUCAUUUUAAAGCUGCAUUCACUGAUUUUUUUUUUAUUAUUAUUUUUAUUUUCAUUUUUUUGCCACUUGGGGGCACAAGUUGAAACCACAACCUUGAUCAUCUCAUAAAAUUGUUAUGGGUAAUGCGAGCUGUCAACAGUAGUUACACUUCUAGCAGACACAGAGUAACGUUGGAGUUGUGUAUGUGUCGCCCUGAUGAUUAAAGGUCCAAUAUUGACUCUCCUUUUAGCUCUGAUUUGGUCUCCACCAACUCCUGAGAAAAAUAUCUGGCUCUUUAGCUGCUCGUUGUUCCCCUUUCUUCACUAGCUAGUUGCUUACUUUUCUGUCAGCUGGGCAGGAAGUGUACAGUGGUUUACUGGAGCUUAUUUGCUGAAAACAGCUGCCUGCAGCUGCUAGCAACAAGGUUGAUGAGAGCAGAGCUUUGGGCUGGAAAACAGCAACAACAAACAAUUAUCCUAAAGAGAGUAAAAUGUUUCAUAGAGCUGAUGGGAGAACCGAAGAGAGUUUGGUGAUAAUUCUCUGUGCGUUUGUCAGUAUGAGUGACAUCAUAUUCAUAUUACACGUAGUUAUUUGAUUCAUGGUUAAUAUGAAAAAUAUUUCUAAGUGCAGCUUUAAAAUCAACCCACUGUCAAGAGACCUCAGAUGUAUUCAGUUUGACAAAUUAAAACCAGAAGUUUCAACAGAACCUCUUUGAUGGCACUAUCAAGAACUGAGGACCUCCACUAUGGCCACUGGAGUGUGUGCUAUGUAAGGGUAAGGGUAUGGAACAUACAACAUGCAAAAGAGCAUAACUAUAAGAGCAAAGGCUAUUGAAUAUCAUUAGCUGUUUGUUACUGAAAGCUGAAAACUUUACUACAGCACAACUACAACUACAAUAACUGGCACAAUCAUAAACUGUGAGGACUAAACUGAGUCAGGUUGUGUGUCCACGUGGCAUCUUUAAUGGGCAGAGAAGCACUGAAAGUGUGUGAGAACAAGAACAUGAAAAACCGAGAGCUGUUCACACACUUUUUAAUAAGGCUGUCACUUUUUAUUUGAUAUAUUUGAAAUCUUGUUUGUAUUUGAGAAAGUCAGUCUGUAAUUAUAUGUCCAUAUACAAAACCGUCAUAGUGUAUAAACGCAAGAGGCCAUGCCUUGUACUCCAGCGGGGGUUACACUGUCUCUUUAAUCUAUUGCAUGCUCUGUGACCUUAAUAAACUAGGCUAUUGCCCUCUUUCUCAAUGGAAAAUUGAGGAAACUACCUAGUCAUAGAGAUACAAAACCACUGAUGUCAAAAUUGUGGAUAAAGGUAAGGCUAUUUUCCAGCUUUGUGAAAUGCAGCUGAGCAAUCAUGGUAGCUUGCUACCUAUUGCUGGCAGCUUAGUUUAGAAUUAGAAUUAGGUUAUGUAUGUGUUUGAAUUAAUUCAAACUAUUUAUGUGCUUCUUUCUCAUUCAUUUGAGCUUGAUUUCUUUUUUAAAGUGACAGCCCUUACUACUUUGUAAACAUUACUGUUAGCUAGCUGGUUGAAAAGUCAGCAUUAUGCAACCACCAACUUAUCAGGAAAAUUCACUUUUAGCAGUAUGCUCCCAUUUCUUGUCUUCUUGUUGUGUUUUUUCCCUCCAUUUCUGUUUGUUUACAACAACAAUAUCAGGUAUACAAAAUAGGGGUGUAACAAUUUAGAUUCUAAAUCAAAAAUCGAUUGAAAUGAGUGUUCGAUUUUGACCUUCGAACUCAAAAGCAGGAUCAGCGAUUUUUUUUCUCUCCACCCCUGCCUACUUGUGCAUGUGCAAACAAAAAAAACAUCAUUUCAAAGAUGACACAGCAUAGCUUACCAGAAGCCUGCAGCUGCAUUACUUUUUGAGACACCAUGGCCACUGCCGGAGUCGAAGAUGAUGGAGAAACAACAGAACUGGAAUAUCCUCGUGUUUCCCUGAAGUCACCGGUUUGGGAACAUUUUGCCUUCCCUGUGAAUUAUGUAAACAAAAAACGCAUAGUUGACAGAAAAACUACAGUUUGAAGGCUAUGCUACACACUUCAAACUUCCAGGAUCAAUAACUCGUAAGCGAAACGUUAUUAAAACACAAACAAGGCCCUACCAUUGUAAGGUAGACAAGCUACAACCAACCUUUUCACCAA